UUAUUGUUAUUGCAAAAUUGUGACAGGAAUCUGAAGCCAAAGAAAUAUAGAAGUAGAUAAAGGAAGGAAACAGAGAGUAACACAGAGAGAAAUAGGGAAGCAGUGGGUGUACAAAACUCAUAUUCCUAUUCAGUGCUGAGCACAACAUUCAGGGACAGACACAGAUUUCAAAAUGACGUUUUUGCUGCUGUUGGUGACACUGACAGCAUGUGCUGCAAGUCCUCAAGAUCUGUCAGGUAAAAUGUUCACCUUUCCACAAGAAACCAACACAGCUCGUGUGAUUCUGACACCAACACCAAUACAGGAAUUGAGAGCUGUAACCGUCUGUCACAGGUCCUUUACAGACCUCAAACGAGAACACGCCCUGUUCUCUUUGGCCACACAAACUCAUACCAAUGCCUUCAUGAUUCAAUGGGACGAAACAAACAAGGAGGUGCAGCCCCAUAUCGGGGAUACAAAGACACAUUAUAGAGGGCAGGACUACAAACCAAACACGUGGCACUCCAUUUGUACCACAUGGGACUCUGCAUCUGGACUGGUGCAGCUGUGGUUUGAUGGACAACCUUCGAUGAGGAAAUAUAUCAGCUUUGGAGCAAUCAGAGGAUCCACCAUGAUUAUCUUAGGACAGGAGCAGGAUACCCAUGGUGGGGGGUUUGACCUGAAGCAGUGUUUCGUUGGCAUGAUGUCUGAUGUCCACAUGUGGGACUACACCCUCUCCCCAUGUGAGAUGCAGAAGUAUGUGGAUGAUCUAAACUUCACUCCAGGGAAUGUGCUCAACUGGCAUGCGAUGGAGUUCCAGAUUAUAGACAGAGUGCUGAUAGAAGAUAAACUAAUGACCUGUCACUAAAAUUUAAAACAAUACCAUCUAUAUAUUAGAAAGGCAGAAAUCCCAUUUUCUGUGCUUUUAUGUUCAAUGUAAAGUAUAAGUUACCAAUGUCAGUAUGCUAUGUUAAAUCAUUGUUUGUAAAAGGACCUUUUCUGAUUUAUCUUAAUACAACAAUUACAUGAAAGAAUUAUUGUGGUCUGAUCAUUUUACCUGUCCAUACCAUGAAGAGAUCUCUUCUUAACAUGACUGUGCUGUAGAAGAUGGGGAAAAUAUCUGCAGUCCUCAUUCUGUGCAAAGAUCCAUUCCAAGGUUUAGCUCAAGCUACAAUGAGACUUUUGGCAUGCAAAAUCCAAACCUUUAACUUAUUCUUUAAAUGGUUAUAUUAGAUUACUUAUGUCUUUGGCAAUAAUGUAGGUUUAAAAUAAAAAUGAGAAGUGCAAAAGUCA